AUGCACCCACUAAUUAGUGUUACUAGCCCAGAGAGGCAGUUCUACAUAUUCGAACGUAUGAACGAACAAGCUAUUCAUCUUACCAGAAGGGGCGAAUACAAGGACGCGGAAAUACUGACUCGAAGGCUGUUACGCCUGAGCGAGCGCCUUCUCGGCAGGACGCAUCGUGUCACGUUGACAAGCAUGAACAAUUUGGCAACUCUUUUGAGUAGACAAGGGAUGUAUGAGGAAGGGGAAGCCCUACAUCGAUCCGAACUUCAGUUGAGCCUCGAAAUUCUGGGCGAAGGGCAUUUUGAAACCUGGACUAGUUUCACUAAUCUGGCCAUCAUUUUAAUGGAUCAGGCGAAGUAUCAAGAGGCAAAGGUCCUUGUUACGAGGGUAUUGCGCCUCAAGAGUACAGCCCUGGGAGAGGAUGACCCAUCGACAAUCCUGAGUAGUCAGCUGCUCGAGCGAAUCAUAGCAUCAGAGGCUCAGUCGAAGUGA